AUGUGGUCCUUCUUACUGACUCUGAUCUUUUCUCAUCUGCACAUAAUCAGUCUGAAAAUGGUCCAAACCAAAGAGUCUGCAGUGGAGGAGAGACCCAAAUGGGACAACAAGGCUCAGUACCUGCUAACAUGUAUUGGCUUUGCAGUGGGACUUGGAAACGUGUGGCGGUUUCCCUACCUGUGCCAAAUCUACGGAGGAGGUGCAUUCCUCAUCCCCUACCUGAUAGCGCUGGUGUUUCAGGGCCUCCCUCUGCUCUACCUGGAGCUGGCUAUCGGACAGAGGCUCCGCUUGGGCAGCGUCGGGGUCUGGAACUCCAUCUCUCCGCUGCUGGGUGGAGUCGGUAUCGCCUCCUCCAUUGUUUCACUGCUGGUGUCCCUUUUCUACAACACCAUCCUGGCCUGGGUGCUCUGGUACUUCUUCCACUCUUUCCAAGACCCGCUGCCCUGGAGCAGCUGUCCGCUCAAUGAAAACCGCACAGGUUAUAAUGUGGAGUGUGAGAAGAGCACUGCAGUGAAUUACUUCUGGUACCGCGAGACCCUGAACAUCACACCUGACAUCGAAAUCAGCGGCUCUCUGCAGUGGUGGAUGGUCAUCUGUCUGGUCAGCGCCUGGUGCAUCGUCUACAUCUGCGUCAUCAAAGGCAUCGACUCCAUAGGAAAGGCUGUGUAUGUGACAUCCACCUUCCCUUACCUGGUGUUGACUAUCUUCCUGAUCCGUGCCCUCACUCUGCCCGGAGCUACCACCGGACUGGUGCACCUCUUCACUCCUAGGUGGGAAACACUGUUGAACCCACAAGUGUGGCUGGACGCUGCCACCCAGAUCUUCUUCUCUCUUUCUGUAGCAUUCGGAGGUCUCAUAGCUUUCUCCAGCUACAACGCAGAGAAAAACAACUGCGAGAGGGACGCCGUUCUUGUAGGAGUGAUAAACAGUGCCACGUCUCUCUAUGCAUCCAUUCCUAUUUUUGCCAUCCUGGGAUUUAAAGCCAACAACGCCUACCUCGCCUGUCUAGACAAAAACAUUCUGUCUUUAACCAACGCCUUUGACAUUGCUGACCAGAACAUAACAACAGACACCUAUGAUCAGUGGGUUACCUAUCUGAAUGAGACAUAUCCAGAUCAGGUCCUCAAGUUAUCCUUGGACGUCUGUGACCUACAAGACCUCCUUGACCAGAGUGCUUCAGGCACUGGUCUGGCUUUUAUUGUCUUCACUGAAGCGGUGAUAUCGAUGCCAGGCUCGCAGGUAUGGGCCAUACUCUUCUUCGUCAUGCUCUUCAGCUUGGGUCUCUCCUCCAUGUUUGGCAACAUGGAAGGCGUCCUCACGCCCAUCAAGGACUUCAAACUGGUUCCCAAGUGGAUGCCUAACGAACUCUUUACAGUGAUUGUCUUUGUAUUAUGCUGCGCCACAGCCCUCAUCUUCACCCUGGGCUCUGGGAACUACUGGGUGGAGGUUUUCAACAGCUAUGUGGGCUCCGUACCUCUGCUCAUCAUCGCGCUUUUUGAGAUUAUUGGAGUCAUUUAUGUCCGUGGAAUGAAAACUUUCAGCGAUGACAUCUAUUACAUGACUGGACGGAGGCCCAACAUCUUCUGGAAGGCGUGUUGGAUGGUAAUCAGUCCUGUGAUGCUCUUGGUGGUGUUUGUCGCCUACGUGGUCGUCCAGGCACAGAAACACCCCUCCUAUCCAGCAUGGAACCCAGAUUUUGAAGAAUUCCCAAAAACUGAACCAAAGCCGUAUCCAGACUGGGUGUUUGCCAUAAUCGUCCUCCUCUGUGCAGUGCCUGUGAUUUCCAUCCCUUUAGUGGCUGUCUACAAACUGAUCUGCAGAGGAAUGAAAAAGACAUCUGUUGACUUAAACCCCUACAACAACUACGCUUUUGAGGGUUAA